GGAUGGUGCGGAGCUAGUCAUCAUUGUGGCGGAUCAUUGGUCUCAGACACCUUCGGACCACGACACCACCCAACCUGGGACGUGCAGGCAGCGCAGGCCGUUCAAGAUACCGUGCGUUGAGACCAGAGCAGGCUGACAUGUCGGAGGGCAGAGCAGUGGCAGUUUACUGUGCCUCAUCUGACGGCAACCACCCGGCGUACGUUCGGGCAGCACAAUCCUUGGGUAGAGCUUUGGCCGAGGCAAAGCGGCCGCUCAUAUAUGGCGGUGGCUCGAAGGGGAUUAUGGGUGCCGUCUCAGGGGCGGUACUGGAUGCUGGCGGAGAGGUCACGGGCAUUGUCCCGUAUGCUAUGGUCGCAGCGGGAGGUGAGGUGGACCAAACGCAGGGCAAGCGAGGUCCUACGGUGCUCCUGCAGGAGAAGGGUCGGGAGAGGGUUAGUACGGUUGUCGUGAACACGAUGCACGAGCGCAAGACAGAGAUGGCGAAGCUGUCUGCAUGCUUCAUCGCGCUGCCCGGCGGGUUCGGCACUUUCGAAGAGCUUUUUGAGGUCAUCUGCUGGUCUCAACUAGGUAUUCACGAGAAACCGAUCGUCGUGAUCAACGCGUUAGGCUUCUACGAUCCUAUCCGCGACCUCAUCCGCAAGGGCGUCGAAGCGGGCUUCAUUACUGCAACGAACGCGAACCUCGUGCGAUUCGUGGACGGGCCCGCAGACCACGCAACGCACGAAGAUCUGGACUGGGGAAAGGCGGCCUUGGACGUACUAGAGAACUGGACGUUCCCGGAACGGACACAUUUCUACGACUGGUCCAAGAUGAAGACUGUAGGCGGGGAGAAGAUAGGGGAGGCUCUCGAUGCUGUUUGAAGUGUGAAAAGUAUAGCAAUGCUCAUCCUCCAUUGGA